AUGGCUGCGUUCCGUUUGACCAUCGAGGACGGCCAGUUUCGAGACAAGCAAGGUCGCGAGGUUAUUCUCCGCGGAAUCAAUGUCGCCGGCGACUCCAAACUGCCCAGCGAACCCGACCAGCCCUCCCACAUCAGCGAUCGCUUCUUCGACGGCGACAAUGUUACUUUCCACAACCGACCGUUCCCCAAGGACGAGGCAUCGACCCAUUUUGCUCGUCUGAAGAGAUAUGGCUUCAACACGAUUCGAUACGUAUUCACUUGGGAGGCCAUCGAAGCCGCUGGGCCCGGAAAAUAUGACGAGGAGUUUAUUCAGCAAACGAUUGACGUGCUGCGCAUCGCCAAAUCUUUCGGCUUCUACAUCUUCAUGGACCCGCAUCAAGAUGUCUGGUCGAGAUUUACCGGAGGCUCAGGCGCGCCAAUGUGGACAAUCUAUGCUUGCGGGAUGAACCCAGAAAGCUUCGCGACAACGCAGGCCGCUAUCGUGCAUAACACCUGGCCGGACCCGAGCCAAUAUCCCAAGAUGAUUUGGUCUACAAACUAUUAUCGGCUCGCAACUGGCACCAUCUUCACCAUGUUUUUCGCUGGAAAAGCGUUUGCUCCGAAAUGCAUCAUCGACGGCGUCAAUAUCCAGGACUACUUGCAGAAUCAUUUUAUCAACGCAUGCGCGCACCUUGCCAAGCGUAUACACGAAGCUGGUGGCCUUGAAGAUGAGGUUGUCAUGGGCUGGGAGAGUUUGAAUGAGCCAAACAAGUGCAUGAUCGGCUACCAAGAUCUCACUGUCAUUCCCAAGGCUCAGCAUCUAAAGAAGGGUACCUCGCCAACGAUGUGGCAGACGUUUCUGACGGGUAUGGGCCGUGCUUGUGAGGUUGAUACUUGGGAUAUGGGUGGUAUGGGACCAUACAAGACGGGAACAGAAUUAGUCGACCCUGCAGGCGAAAUUGCCUGGCUGCCUGUUGGCUACGACGACUCGAGGUACGGCUGGAAGCGAGACCCCGGUUGGAAACUGGGAGAAUGCAUCUGGGCGCAGCAUGGUGUCUGGGACCCUACCACCGACACACUUCUGAGAAAAGACUAUUUUGCCAACAAUCCUGACACUGGCAAGAACAUCGACUAUCCUGAAUUCACAAACACAUAUUUCAUGGACUUUUGGCGCAAAUACAAGACUGCCUGCAGGGCUAUCCACAAGGACUGCAUCAUGCUUAUGCAGUAUCCGACCCUGGAGCUUCCGCCAGAGAUCAAAGGUACUCCAGAUGAUGAUAGACUUCUUGUUUUCACGCCUCAUUACUAUGAUGGUAUAACAUUGAUGACAAAACACUGGAAUAGCACCUGGAACGUUGAUGUGGUUGGAGUUUUGCGUGGCAAAUAUCUUCACCCGGCAUUUGCCAUUAAAAUCGGCGAGACUGCCAUUCGCAAUUGCUUGAAGGACCAGCUCGCGACACUGCGACAGGAAGGAAUUGACCGUACUGGAAACCACCCUUGUUUGCUGACGGAGUUCGGCAUCCCCUACGACAUGGAUGACAAGAAGGCCUAUAAGACGGGUGACUAUAGCAGCCAAGUUGCAGCACUAGACGCCAACUACUUUGCUGCUGAGGGGUCAGGCAUGGAGGGCCACUGUCUAUGGGUCUAUAGCGCCAAGAAUGUGCAUCAAUGGGGCGAGAACUGGAACGGUGAAGACCUUUCCAUAUACUCGCUAGACGACCUUGUUCCGCCGAUAUCUGCGAUGCCAAAGUACUCUGACUCGAAUGUCAGCCUAUCGGAGGAGAACAGCGUCAACCCCACGAACCUCCGUCGGUCAUUGACGAGCCCGUCCAUCAGCUCGACACCAUCCCUCAACAACCCUGAGCUUACGAAUGCGCCUGGGUACCGUGCCGCAGAAGCCUUUAUCCGACCCACUGCCACUGUGGUGGCCGGAGAGGUGAUUUCUGCAGGUUUCGACUUGCGGCGGUGCGCGUAUGACCUGAAGCUCACGGCGCCCAAGGUGACGGACGAGAAGUUUCCGACGGUGGUGUAUCUGCCCGAAUUCCAUUUCCCCCGAGACGAAUGCGAGGUUGCCGUGACCUCGGGCAAGUGGGAGAUUAGCAUUGACGAAGACGAGGGCGUUCCUCUGCAGCGACUGAAAUGGUGGCAUCCCGAGGGCGAGCAGAGUAUCACCGUGACCGGGCUGGUCCGUAAACGUGAUGUGCUUGCUGGUACAACAGAUGACGAUUCAUAUAUGCAGCAGUGCCAGCAGGGCUAUCUCAACAGCUGCAGUUUGAUGUAA